CAAUUUCAUACUGAUUAUAAUUGAAAGCAAUUUAUUAAAAUCCUGAACGCUUUGUCCGGAGCUUCGCGGAGUCAUUAAACAAAAUUAAUUGUACACUUUGUCCUGGACGCGUGACAAAUAAAUUGAGAGUGAAAUGGUUGGUAAACGAGGCAUCCUACCUUGUUGACGAUCUUCAAUUCCUUGAAUAACGGUGCCACCUUUGCCAGGCAGAUUAAACCCUCUUUGAUUAAUAACUAUCAAAUUGUUUUAUUACGAUAAACGAACGACCUCGGGAUGCUACGGUAUCGUCAACUGAAAUUUGCAAACUUUCGAACCGAGUUUAGGAACUCGCGUGCAGCUUUUAAUGAGAUUGCGUAAAGUGGAAGCGAUUAAAACGCAGCUGCUUGUUACCGUAAUAGUCGCGUUAGGAACGUGGUUUAAAAAUUGAUAACACGACAGACCCUCUAAUUACAAUCGAUUACGAAACACUUUCACACUAAAAAAAAAAUUGGCUAAACACAAUAAUCUGCUCCCUAUCAGUUUUAUGAUACUUUCUAAGUUAGUUAAAUCUUGAACAUCAAAUCUGAACGGAUCCCUGGAAUUAUUGUUAAUGAAAAUGUAGAAUAAUCGUUUACUUCCUGUAAGAAAAACAAUUUCUUGUCUCUUAAACAAUACAAUUUUUGUUUUCUAUUGCAAAUGCAUGGUUUGAAUCGCGAAGUAGUAAAAUCUUGAUUAUCUCGGGAUGCUCCCUAAAAUUUGUUACCAGUGUACUCAUUUUAUUCCUGCAGGCGAACAACAAUUUUCAAUGUCCAUUACCAGAACUAUUAUUAUUGUUUUUUCCAUCGUAAAAUUUUCGAGAGCAGAAAACUUGUUCUGUGUCCCAUUAUAACUUUUCUGUAGUACAUUACGAGUAAUAUUCGUAAUGCGACGUUGUCCGAUGGGAACGGGCAGCGUAUUUGUUUUUUGUUAUAUCGAAAAGCAUCGCGAGAAAGCGACGGCGGUCUUUGUAAGGUCGUAAACGUCGCAAAAGCACAUUCGUUGAUUAAUUACACUGAUUUUCUCUUCGCGGUGACUGACGCGGGGUUUGCAUAAUCGUGUGGUCGACAGCUGGUCGUCUCCUCCGGCAAGAACGAACGAGCCCGGCGAAGAAACUCUCGAUACACAUUUGCUCUUGGCUCUAUCUAUUUGACCGAAUAAAAUUUGACGGAAAAUCUUUGCAACACGGGCGAGCAAACAGUAUGUAACGAGCAAUAGCCCGGGGCGUUUGUUUUCGGUGAAGAAGUGAAAUGCUUCCGUGUCGGAGAUUUCGAAAUGGUUCCUCUUGACGAGAGAAAUCGAUUCGUUCACAUCUGAACCUUUCAAAAUUCGUUACUUCAUAUAUUAACUUCCCGCGAACGUAAUUGCUGUCUUUGAUCCAUUUAUUAUAUUACGAAAUCUAACAAGAAUUUUCUUGGAACAUCAUUUAUCCAUACGCAUAUUACUUAGGCGCUUUUAUGUAAUACGUCCAAAAAUAAUUACGAUCUUCGAUGCUCUGGCUAAGAGCGUAAUUAUUUUUCCACCGAUCUGUUAAAUGUAUGCAAGCUUCAUCUUCUUCGUAAUUGAUUUUAUAAUAGACUAAUUUUUUCUCGUAAAUUUAAGACAUGAAUAUUUUUCCAUAAAUGCGUAAAGAACUGCAGUCUGAUACUCAGUAUGCAUCUAAUUUUGAUAGCCGUGUUCUGCUCAUUUACCAACGUUCGAUUUAUUAACAUUUAUCUAUCGAGAAGGAAAGCAUAAUGCUCUCCCUGAAAUAAGAACACGAAACGUGAUUGAUGUUAACUGAAGUAAUUGCUAAUAGGAUUUGACCGGUGAAAUGAUGAAUCAGCGCGUGACCAGCGUGAAAGAUUUGCGUGGAAUUUAAUGUCGCGAGCAUAGCUACGCAGCGUGCUACACAAAUCGCUGGAAUAUCCGUGCCGUUAUUGCAAAAGUUCUCGCGUGGUUGCGUUACGCGAUCGAUGCAACCGUGCAUCGGGGUCCCACUGCGGUUUAAUAAAGAAUCAUCAACGUAUUGAACUGCGGUGACCAUUCGGAGAAAAGAGACAAAUUAGAAAUCGUUUCGUAAUAAAAAUAAAACAGAAGCUCAGUGAAAUUUAAAUAGAGAACACGUACAUGAUAUUUAGUAUAGAAUAUAAUAAUUGCUUUUUAGUUAAACAUGUACGGUAUCGAAUUAGAAAUGGUAAUUUAAAUAGAAAUUCUUUUCGUUAUGUAAAUAUCGGCUUUUGAUGUUUCAAAUUUUUCCAUACAUGAAAUCUGCAUGUAUAAAUGCGAAUUCAUGAAACGUAUGCGAUCUCACCUCUGCGAUCCACGAAGUGGCCAUUUAAAACCAACGAAGGAUCGAUUACAAGAUAAUACGAAGAUCAAACAAAGUGCUGAUAUUUCAAUUCACAAAAUGCAUAUGGCAUAUGGUCAUAGAAAUAGUCUGAAGGACGAAGCAAUGGAACGAGACGUUUAAAAAUAUAUGCAUACGUAUGCAUUAUGCAUAUGCAUGAUUACCAUAGACAAAUGCAAUACCACCGAUACUACUAAAGAACGACAGUGCUCGUGUAAUCGUUGGGACAGCGAAUGGGACCCAAUGGGGCUGAGAACACAGUCGGUGAUCGCUCUUUUCGGUGGAGUUAGAAGGAAAUUGCAUGGUUCUUGUAUCUGGCAACUGUUCGAGUGUUUUACAUUCUACUUCUUAUUUCAGUGGCAAUAUAUUUUAAAGGACGUAAAAAAUUGCCGACUUUUCCAUGCGAGACAAAGUCCCAUGAGGCUGCCACUCUUUAGUAAUCUCUCCUCGGGUGGCAAUACCUUUUCGUCGCGUGGUAAUUUACAGAACUAAUGGAUCGUUGGUGAAAAAAAUAAAAUCGAAUCGACUCGAGUCUGUGUUUUGUCACGAACAAAAGCGAUCGCACUUCUGCCAAGAUCGUAUUCCGAAACGGUCUUAAGCGACGUACGACCAAGUGUCGUCGGUUAGAGCAACGAUACGUCGUCGAUCGGCUUUCGAUACGAGGAUGCCGCGCAAUUUGUUGGAGGUCGACAGACGGAAGAGCCAAUUCGAUAAGGAGGAACGAGUUCAUCUGUUGGCUAUAAUGAAGCGGUACGCGCCGCUGUUGGACAGCAGCGCUUCCACGCUGGCUCGCAAGAACAUCUGGACGACCAUUGAGAACGAGUUUAAAAAGGCUGGCUUCACGCAGAAGACCUCUGCUCAGCUUAAGAAAUAUUGGCAGAAUUACAAAUAUCAUUGCAAGAAGGCCACCGCGCACGGGAAGGAAAAUAAAAGGUACAUAGAUUCGAUGGUGAGCGAGUCGCUCGAAUGGAAUCGUUAUCCGAUUUUGGUCGAGAAGGGAUCCGUGAGCAAGUUUUCGGAAAUUCCUGGGCUCCUUCGACCCUUGACCGACCAUCCUCCAACGGAAUCGGGUUACCAACUUACCGAAUCGUACCGGGAUAACGGAGCAUCUCAGAAAUCGAAUAAUUCGGAUGUUAUCGCUGAAUUGCCGCGAAUCAAAAUGGAAAAAGAAGACGAAAUAAUGUCUGAUGAUCACAAGACAGAGAAUUCAAAUGUUUCGGAGAAUGAAAAUAUCGAGGAGGACACGGAAGAAACGAAGGAGAAUCUUUCUAACGAAGACCAUCUCGUAUCCUCAUCGACCAACGAGUCUGAUAUUAAAUCGAAGAAUCGUAUCGUCGUGUCAAACGCGAAAAUUUCAAAUAACAGCGUUACUGUUUCUGUUAUUUACCCUGAGAAUAGGCAAUUACCAAGAGACGAGCUCGACGCUCCCUCGGUGCCUACGAGGAGACUUGUAGAUGCGUGUCCAAAUACUUUGGGAAAUCAACCGACGCCUUUUGAAUAUCCCCCAAACACCAGUCAAAUAAACCUUAACGAAAUUAGUAAGAAUCGUAUAAAUGUUACAAAUAUCCUUGUAAAGGAUCAAACGAAUUCCUAUUUGAAUUCAAAUAAUCGGUGUAUAAAAAUACACAAGUUACGGAAUUUACUCCGGUAUCUUAAAUUUAUAGAUUAUGAGAGGUACAAAUCGUUUGAACGUACUGGGAGCAUUGAUUUACCGCGAGAAAAAGAAAUCGAGGAAUUCUUGGUGGAAGAGCAGAACGAAAAAGACGAGGCAAAAGGUAUAGAUACGCGAAACGAUCGGUUCGAUCCCCGCGGCUACGUUUUCUUGACGGAUUACCAUAACCGACUGAAGCACAGGUUGAUUCUGCAGCAGCUAGAAACCGAGGAGAAACGAUUGAAAGUGAAAAUUGCGGAGCUGGCGGUACAAGAGGCGCAGUUGAGAAUAAAAGCUUUGCACGAGGACAUGCGGCGUACGGAAGAGUUGCAUCAGGUGCGUCUGGUCCAGACUGCAGGGAACGUAAACAAUUUCAGCUUCUAACUUGUUCCAUAAG